CCCUGCUGUAGUCCCCUGAUCUCGUCUACUUUCCAGGCGAGGCGCAGUUCAUCUCGAAUGAUCCUUUUUAUGUCAUAGAAAAGUCUUUCAAUACUUACAGGAACGCUCCUCUUAUUUGUUUUAAAACGCUUGCACAUUUUUUAUCACCUGUAAUUCAGAAAGAAAAACAAGGGGAUUUUCCUUUGGUUGAUGUGACCGAAAAAUAAACGGUAACGUUACAUUUCAUAGAUGGACUACAUUUACCGUUUACUCUGCCUUAUAUCACAUUGUCGGGUCGUUUGUGGUACAUGGAGGCAGUAGCAGUAUUUCCAACAGCGGUGAAGGCAGCAUUACGACUGACUGCGUGAGGCAUGUUUGGCCGGGCAAGGACACACACGGCUGGAAUGACAUUUGUGAUUGUCGCGAUAGAGAGCCUGCUGCUGUAGUUGGGCAUUGUCCAGAGUCAUAAGGUCCUGAGGAGACGGUCUGUGUGUCAUUGCGGUGUCCUCCUAUUGUGGGUGAUGGUCAGCUGGUGACUGGGGUUACCCUGGCCCCUGUGGUGAAUGGCUGUGAGCAGAGGGGGCGUUGCCUUCUGGGUGGGUUGUGUCCGCAGCCAAGGCAGAAGGCAACCCAUCAAAAAACAGAGCUGGAGUCUCAGUGAGGCGGUCGACUGGCAGUGGAUCUUUCAGACACGCCCCCUGAGCAGUGCAUCAUGGGCCCUGGCACCGCCCAACAGCCUGAGAUAUCAGAACUUUAAGCAGCCGGUGCUGUCCCACCCGUUCCAACAUGCCAGCCAGCCUCAGAGAGGAUGUUACUACGAGGUGGACUGGGAGGAGUCUCUCAGCGUGUGCGUGCUGGUGCGACAGGCCGAGUCAGACGGCCUCCACACCCUGUUGGAGAUCCCUCUGUCCGGUCACAAUAAAAUAGGAGAGCUCCUCGCUCUGGGGGCUCACAAGUCCUCUGAGUUCUCCUUUCCGGUGACCACAGUGGAAGGCAGCAGAGAGGAUGACAUCAGCGUUGACAGCUUCAAGAGAAACAGUGUCGAUGCUUUAAAGAGAGAACAUGGCUGUUUCAGAAGCCUGUUUGAGGCAGAGCGGUGUCCUGCACCGUUCAUGUAUAGCUCUCAGUUUUAUUGUUUUCAUUGCCCGGGCACAGACCUGGUACCUGGCAGAGAGCUGAAAUCCAGGCAGGAUAUUGGACUUGAUAGCAAGCUUGUGGAGCUGCCUCUGCUGCCUCCUACCUCGCUGUGUAGCCAUGCAGAGGUAGCAGAGGGGGAGCAGACUGAAGGAGACAGUGAAAGGGAGCAGAAACUGGCCAUCAUGUAUGAAAGACUAAGGAUAGAGCUUCCAAGUUUCUUUAUGAAGAGCCAUGAUUACACCAUGUACUCAAAUGAUAUGGAAUUCAUUAACGGCCUCAUCAAUACCAAGACCAGAGGCCGUGUGGUGUACCAGCUCACCCUCUCCCUGUGGCGCCUCCUGUGUCUGUGUUACUACGCUAAGGCUCAGCUGGAGGUGCUGAAGCUCACCAAGCACAUGGAGGAUGGGACCAUUAAGGCUCGCUGGAGGAUCAGGGGCCUACCCUUCUACUCUCUGCUGCUGCGCUUCUAUCGCAAAGACAAAUCUCACCUGUACAGGUCAUAUGAUGCAUUCUCUACUUUUUACAUUGGACAGGAUGGACUCAUUCACUGUCAUAAAGUUGAAAAGAUGAUGCCGGCUGAGCCCCCUGUCCUGCCCAGAGUAACUUCUCUCCUGGCGGGGGCUCUGGUGGCGCUCCGGGUGCAGGAGCAUCGGCCUGCUCUCAACCUGCUGCCCCUCCUCCUGUCUUCGCUACGACAGAUCAGAAACUGACCCCAGGACGAUGAUGAGAGGAAUAAUGGCCAGUGGAAUCAACAGAGUGUCCAAGGUCCACGUGACUCUGAAAAGUUUCAUUCAUUCUCAACAUAGGCACGCAUUAAAAUGGAGUGUUAAGCUCUCUAUCCUAAAAUCUCUUAAUGAUGCCCCUGAAUUAAAUACGAAGUCAAGACUUUACACUGCUUAGCUAUUAUUUGAAAUAAUAAAAAGUGCUUAACCUGAACACAGAACUGGGCUUUUGGUUCCAGGUGUCACAUGCUGUCAUCCCUGCCAGUCAGCCGCCGGCUGUUGUAAUAACAGAAUACUGUUUUUUUUGUUUGUUUGUUUGUUUGAUUUUUUUUUUGUUUUUCUUUUUUUUUUUAAUUUUAAAACUGAAACUACUGCUUACAGAGCAGUCUUUAUAAAUGCAGAUGCAACCAUUUUAAAUUUGAUGUAAAACUCAGCUUUUCCAUUGUUUUAACCUGAAUACAUUAUUAAACUGACAACAUUGCAGAUGUUGCCUAACAUCAGAACAUACUUCAUAAAGACAGGAAUCUCAAAGAUGUAGGUCUUUUACAACAUGAGGAACGUGUGCAACAAUGCAAAAGGUAACAUUAGGUGUGUUCUCAGGCUCUCGUGUAACAAAGUCCAAAAUUUAUGAUGCAGUACUAACGUCUGCUGCAGCAACACAUUUCAGACGGCGCUGCAACGUGACGCUUGCUGCCAAACGAGCAACUACCAUUUAAAAGUUAUUUUAUAUUUCGUCCUCUGAAGGAAUAGUUCAAAAUAUGCUGAUUUACUUUCCUUUGGAGAUUAAGAUGAGAAGGUGGAUGUCAAUCUCAUGUCUGUGUUAAAGGAAAAUUCCGGUGUUUUUCAACCUGGGUCUUAUUGUCAAUUCUGUCUAUGGGUCACGCUAACUUUGCGCUCUCCACCUCUGUUGUAGAGAUUUGGGAUACAUGGAAUCAACAAGCAGUGCGAGCCUCCUAAAGCUUUCUGAAUAAACUUCAGUUCAACAUAAAUCAGAGGUCAAUCCAAAGAUUGUUUCUAAGUCUGACCCAAAGUAACCAGAAACCCCUGGAUUAGCUAUUGUAGCUAACUGCAUAGAAAUCUACUUUCGAGGCAACUUGCUGACUAACUGAACUGCUUGCCCAUUCAUUUGUGCACACUGGUUCAUUUUUGUGACAAACCGGCGUGUGCAAUUGGAAAGGCAGCCCAACACUCUAAAACCAACAUUAAACUGGGUUGCACUCAAUGUAGAGAGUGUUUUAUGCUACAGAAAGUAGUAGCAAAUGACCCUUUAGGUACGGAGCUUGAGUCAGGGCGUAUGUAGCCUAGCUCUGCGUAAGAACUGGAGGCAGAGCAGCUAGUUGGCUGUGUCCGAAGUUCAAAAAUACACCUACCAACAUGUCUAAAGCUCACUAAUUUACACGCUUGUGUCUUGUUAGUUUAGUCUUUACGCAAACACAAAUGUAAAACAGACAAUUUGUGGUGAACAAUAGUGUGCUUGUGUGUCGGUGAGCACAGGUUUUGGUUUUGAUCUCUGACGGUACCAUACCUGGCAACCUCACUAUGACGACGAGACUCCAGGAAGGUGCACACCGUCAUUGCACGCAGCUGUUUUUCUAGGUAGUUCCAGAAAUAGUUUUAAUUCGUAGCGUCAAUUCCUCCGAAACCACAAAUUGUAAUUUUUACAUUUCUAUUUGUGUACAGGAUAAACAAUGAGACGCUGUCAGUGAGCUUUAGAGGUGUUGGACAGAGCCAGGCUUUUCUCCUGCUUCUAAUCUUUAUUAUUCCUAUCAUUAUUAUAUUAUUCCUGUCAUUAUUAUAACUAUCAUUAUUAUUAAUAUUACCACUACCAUUACAUUAUUAUUAUUUAACAAUUCUAUGUGGAUUUUACAUUGUGCUACUGUAAGUGCUCUCUCCCUCUCAAUUCAAUUCAAUGGGGCUUUACUGGCAUUGGAAACAUACACAUAAACAGAAUAAUUAUGCUAUUAGAAUAUACACAGAUAAGUAAGAUAAUAAUAAUAAUAAUAAUAAAAAAUUGUAGACUUGCAAUUAAAAUAUAAAAAUACAAAUAAGUGAAAACUACAUUUAGCUCAUUGAAAUCUGAGAUUACAUAGUUGAACUGUUUGUAAAUGUUUCUUAUUUUUUUAAUGUUUUACAUUGUAGGAGGAAGUGCAUCUCUGUCUCAGCCUCACCUGUCCAACAGUGACCACAUAUUCGGUUUUCUUUUGGUGGCCAGGAUUUAUUUUGUCUCUCUCUCUCUCUCUCUCUCAACCUAACAUGGCAGCGGCAGAUGGCCGUCCACCAUUGAGUCUAGUUCUGCUCGAGGUUUCAGCUUGUUAAAGGAAGUUUUUCCUUGCCACUGUCGCCAAGUGCUUGCUCAUGGUGGGAUUUGUUGGGUCUCUGUAAAUAAUAUUAUAAAGAGUACGGUCUAGACCUGCUCUAUAGGAAAAGUGCAAUAAGAACUUCAAUUAUGAAUUGGUGCUAUAUAAAUAAAAUUGAACUGAAUUACGCUAAGCUAGGCUAACUACGCCCUGACUCCAGCUCAUACUGACAUGAGAUUGAUAUCCAUCUUUUCAACUUACUCUCAGAAAGUGAAAAAGUGCAUUUCCCAAAAUGUUGAAUCAUUCCUGUAACUCCACUUCAGUAUCCCUAUGGCUUCCCGUGGAUCAGUGAUUUCCAACCUGAGCCUGGACCCAGGGAAGCUGGAGUGUUUGUUAAUUUCAGUAGACUGCUUGCAAGAUGCAGACUAAGAUCAUAAUCUGUGUUCCUGAACAAAGAAUACAUUACAAAGUACUUUUUCCAAAAGCUAAAUUGUCACAGAUAACAAUGCCUGAUUUCUCAAUAUCAUGCAGUGUUUUUCAAAUGAACUCAAAGAGGAUUUAUGUAACUUAACUAGCCUGUUUGAAGUGGAGUGAAAGAAACUUGCCGAAGUGUGACUCAGGAGGUUUUCAUUCAUUAGCAGUGGAUUCUGCCUGUCUGCCUCCCGCUAUGUAGCAGUCUCAGCACACGUAGAAUAUAGCACAGUUAAAUAAAAUAAUACACAAAGAGUAGUGUGACGUGGGCCUCUCAGCACAUAUUCAUGAACUUUAGCUCUACACAGACUGAAACGUUUGACUCUUAGUAUAAUUUGAGAAACAUGUCUUGGUACAGUAAUGGGAAGAUUGUGUGGUGGAAGGGUGGAUGUGGUACUGUUUGUCAAAGAAGCUAUUUUGGUUAAAUCUAUAAGGUCUAUUUGUGUAAACCACUGUUGCUUUCACAGGUAUUGUGCAUGAUGGCAUUGUUGUGUCUUUGCUUUACCUCAGUGUUCAGCUCAUUUCACUAAAUACGCUCGCAGAGGAACACUGGUUAAACUGCAUACAGUCGGUAUGUACCUUGGUUUUAGGGUCGCGGUUCGGUAUGUUUUCGGCACAAUAGGGAAAACAAAAACAAAACAAUUGAGAAUAACAUUUUUGUCAUUUAUUUUGAAAAAUGUAAACCUUCAACAGUGGCUCAUUGGCCAUAAUUCUUACUGUAACAUUUAAUGCACUCAAAUACUGGCAUAUUGUCAAUAAGAAAAAAUAAAUAACACAAAUGUCACUAAUGCUCUGUCGUAAGACAGCUUGCGCUUGUUAAUAUAGGGCAGACCUCAUAUCACAGUCCAAAUCUGUAGUGAGAGGCUGCCUGAACGCUGUGAGGAGAAGGACUCGCCUUCCAGUCAGUUUUUGUCUAAUCAACACAUUCGGGUGAUACCAUUUUAAAUUAUGUGUUUCCACAGACAUACCCGACUUCAGAACAAUGUCAGCAUACAGUUUGACACUAAUCACUGUCCAUUUUCAUAACCGGGAAACUGUAAUGCUCCCAUACAGUGGAUCUAUAUGUCCGGGAGGAUCCUUCAGCUCGUCUCUCAUUUGUGUUUGCCAUUUGGAGGCAGUGUCACUACAUGAGCUUGACUAACCUGGCUAACCGGUCUAAGCCAACUAGCAUACUACAGCAACUGAUAAACAACUGGUUCGCGUGUGCGAGUAGUAGACAUAAAUAUACUAUUUAAAACAGUAAUUGUUUGGGUCACAGGGCGUACUGAACCGAGGAAGUCGCAUAUACAAAUAUGCAUACCGUUACACCACUACUGCUUAGUGUCUCAGCUACAAACCAAUCCCAGGAGCAGCACUGGGCUGCGAGGAGAUUUUUUGCAUAGUGACACCCAUAACACAGUCCUGACAAAUGUAGCGGCUCUAAAAUGACAAAUAUUUUUUUUCUGAGAGACACAAACUCUCUAAAAUUACUCUUUGUGUCAGAAUUUGAUCAAUUUGGUCCCAAAAAAUUGUGAAAGAGCCAUAUCACUUUUAUCCCGCUCAUUUGUGCAAGGAGCCAACAGGAACUCAGCCAGCUCAGCCAGAGGAAGUCUCAAAGGCGCAUGCUCUCAACUGGCUCAGCUGGAGAACUCCAGUUAGCAUGCUCUAUGGGCCCAAAAACACAGAAGCCUGAAAAUCUCUUUGCCAUAUGUUCAAAGUGAGCAACUUUCAUAGGAAUGAAUGUGCCGCCAUCUGGAAACAAUAUUAAGUUCUUCUUGAUACAUCCAUGGUCCACACACCUGACCAGUCACUGUGUGAAAGGGCAUAGAUGUCAGAUUGUCAAUUUCUGAGAGUUACAGAUGUUGUCGGACACAGCCUUCCUAAUUCUUUUGGAAAUUUGUAGGGGGAGAGGGUUAGUAUGCUUCAAAUGAAGAGCAUGUCAGUUCGUCAAACAGUUCGUCAUACAACUACUCAUUUUCUGUGUGAACAAUCGAAUGCAACACCAUGAAGGUCUUUGAGGAGAGACUUUCUGAAAGUGUGAGCUGUUAUCCCCCUUUGAACAGUUCAUCAAGUCUUGCCUAUCUCUAUGACUGCAUUCUUUUCACCCCGGCCUUUAGAUGAUCCAACAAGCACUUUGUUUCAAGCAUACUGAGGCCUUUACAGAUGUUUUUCAUACUUAAUACUGAAAUCUCUCCAACUCUUCAUCUGCUCACCACCAGUCUGAUGUCCCUCAUACCUGUAGGCUAUGCCAGCAUCACAGUCGCCAUGUCACCAUGUUGUGUUUUGCUGGGAAGUAUAAUCAGGAUGUUGAUUACAGUUAUUAUUACUUAGAAAAAUAGGAAUAAAUGUAACAAAGGGCCUGAAAAGGAGCUGCAGUUGGUUACCAUUAGAUAAAGGAAGUGAAUGAGCAGUUAAUAGUUUAUGUUAAAAACAGCAAGACCACACUGACAGAAGGAACCAGUCUGUCACUAACAGUGAAACAAGCUCUUCAACAAUUUAUUGCUUAGUCACUGCAAGUGACUCAAUUGCCAAUUAAUGCAUCUUCACUUGGGUUUUAAUACUUUUGAGUUGAAGUCAGUAGCGGGGAAGUCCUAGUUCAUUCAAAUUUGAGUAAACUAAAUAACCUUAGAGCUUAAAGAAUAAAGCUGAUGUUGUUCUAUAUUUUUCUUAUCAACAAAUCCCAUGUGCAGAUCAAAGCCAAUAAUGUGUCAGUGCAUCUCUCAAUACUUUGAUUUUCUGAGACCCAAGCCCUUUGGUUCCUACUGACGACGUCAAUCUUUAAAAACACCUCACAAAUAUAUAAUUUCAUGUUUAAAAAAAGGCUCAGUAAUUUUUCACUGAGUAAAAUUUGUUAAAAAAAAAAACAGGAGGAAAUACUGCAUUUGUUGGGGACUGUUUUUCAGCGGCGGAUUAAUCCACAUUUGGUGUCCUAGUGAGUAUUUGGGGUAGCAAAAUAAACUACAGUGUGGUAAUGAAGGAACAUGUCACCCAGUGGGCAGGGAGUUGCAAAGCCUGGGAGUAGUGUAGAUGAAAGCCCUAGCACCCAUGGUGUGGAGACGUGAGGUGGGGAUGGUCAGACCAGCUGAGGAUGAGUGCAGGGAGCAGGAGGGGGUGUACUCCUGAACAAGGUCAGAAAGAUAAGUGGGGGCUAGGUUGUGGAGGGCUUUGAAAUUGAGCAGAAGGUUUUUAUAGUCAAUCUGGUAUUGGACAGGGAGCCAGUGUUGGAUGAGAGUGGGGGUGAUCUGGUUGAAUGAUUUGGGACAGGUAAUGAUCCAGGCAGCCGAGUUCUGAAUGAUUUGAAGCCUGUUAAGCAGUUUGAUGGGAAGGCCAGAGAGAACAGCUUUACGGUAGUCAAUCCGGGAUGUGACGAAUGCGUGGACCAAGACGUCAGUGCUGGAUUGAGACAGGGAUGGAUGGAGUCUGGAAAUGUUGCGAAGGUGGAAGAAAGCAAUCCAGGUGAUAUUAUUUAUGUGAGGUACAAACGAAAGGGUGCUGUCCAGAGUGACGCCGAGGCUCUUAACUUGCUUGGAGAAGGGUACAGGGAAGCCAUCAAUGAUGAUGUGUGGGGUUUUGGUGUUUUCGGCUUUGGAGCCAAUGAGCAGGGCCUCAGUUUUGCUGCCAUUGAGCUUUAAAAAGUUCCUGCUCAUCCAGCUUCUGAUGUCCUGGAGGCAGGCGUCAAGGGAGGUAGGAGCAGUGGUGGGUUUAGUAGAGCUGUAGAGCUGCGUAUCAUCAGCGUAGCAAUGAAGUGACUGGUUGGUAGAUACAUUCAUUGUUGGUUUGGCUCUGCGCAUGGGAUUUGUUGACAAGAAGAAAAAUAUGGACUUUUGCUAGACUUAUUCUUUAACCUUUAACCACCCACUGUUCUACCAACAGAAUGCUAGCACUAUGUAAACUUUCACACACCGCCAGCUUGUACUAUGAAAAGUUACAUGAUUAUGAAUAGCCUAUGUAAUAUAUGUAUUGAAAGUUAGGCUCUAGUCUUUUCUGUCUUUGUGAUCAUUUCCAAACUGAAAAACCUGUUGUAGAAACAAUCCUGGUACAAAUCCUAGCAGAGUAUACAACUAAAAUUAUUAAAAAAUAAAAUUAAAAAUACUGAGGUGAGUCUUCAAGGAUGUUGCAAUCCCAUAUACUUUUGGUCAUGUUAGUGUAAAUAACACAAAAAAUCUGGAUCAGCAUGUUAGCAGGGUCACUAUGUAGCCUUGUUUGUUUGACAAAAUUUGGGCAAAUCUUUCUUGUUUGAGGUUGAAGCAGAAAAAGUGUUACAAGCCAGCUGUCACAACAGAAAAUGCUGUAAAUAGGUAAAGUGAUAUGUCUGUCAUAGUUACUUGCCAUUUCAUAAAUCAAUAAAUUAAAUGACAACAAUAAAUAAAGUCUAUAGUCAAGCUUUGCGAAUUUCAUUCUUGUAUCUAUGUAGAAACUAGACUGGAAAUUCAUUAAUCAGCCCUCCUCCAGUUUGACAGCCAGUCAGAGCAGUAGCUCAGUAGCUGGGAACCUCAGAGACGAUCUGCUUUGUGAAAUGCUGAAAACAAGCUAAUUCAUUAUUGUAUUGUCAACAAAAACUUGAUGACACAGUGGCUGCUCAGCUAUGUGGAAAAUGAACGAACUUGACUGACUGAGUCAGUAUGAAUACAUGGUUAUAGUAUACUGAAUGCCUCCAGCCUUAGCAAAGGCUAAAGUUGGACCUGUACUAAAUGUGACCAUUUGUCAUUAAUGCUACAGUAAAUGCAAAGGAAUCUCUGCAUAGGAGCAGUUUCUAUUGAACUUCUAAUUUGGUUGAAGUCGUACCUAAAUGAGUAGCUGUACAUACUCAGAAUGGGUGCUCAAGCAUAUGGGUUCAGACUUCACUGUAAAGUUUCACACAGCUUGAUAAUAUUUAGUUCUUCUUAAAAGCAAGCAAUAAAGCAUGCUUUAACAGUAGCUGUUGUUCUCUGGUGUGUAUUUAUCAGUCAUAUCUGUAUAGAAACAUGACUCGUCAGGUUCUGUGUUGCUUAAUUUCCACAUGUACUGCUGCAAUAACUCCUGUGUGAAUCCUGGUGUGAAUAAAAUAAAGAUAUGAUUAUCAA